AUGAAUAUCACCCACCGUGAUCCGAGGGAGGCUUCGUUGGUUCAGAUGAAACGGUACUUAUCCGGUGACCUGAAGCGCGUAGGUCGGAAGGUGCGCCACCGCUUGGAAACCAGUCAGUUCGCGCGAGGGCUGCUGAAAGUGAUCGGUGUGUUGGCCGUCACUAUGGUGCUAGCUGAUGGCCUGCUCACGCCAGCCCAGUCUGUUCUCGGAGCCGUUCAAGGUAUUGAGGUUGUGCAGCCGAGCAUAUCCAAAGGGACAAUAAUCGGUAUCACUGAUGCCAUUCUCGUCGGGCUGUUUUUUAUUCAGCCGCUGGGAAUCACGAAAUUAUCCUUCGCGUUCUCACCGAUCGUGAUUAUAUGGCUCGGGUUUAAUGCGGCGUUCGGGAUAUAUAACCUCACUAAGUACGAUGCCGGGGUUUUCCAGGCUUUUAAUCCUGGCCUCGCGUUCGAGUUCUUGAUCCGUAACAAGACACACGGAUGGAAGAUGCUAGGUGGUAUAUUGCUCGCCUUCACUGGUGUGGAAGCCCUCUUUGCGGACCUGGGCGCCUUCAGCCGAAGGGCGAUCCAGAUCAGCUGGCUGUGCUACACGUUUCCGUGCCUUUUGUUAGCAUACAUCGGUCAGGCAGCGUAUAUCAGCGUCCACCCAGAGGCGUAUUCGAAUCCCUUUUUCAACGCGGCCCCACCUGGAACCAUCUAUCCAGCCUUGAUCGUCGCAAUGCUGGCUGCAAUUGUUGCCUCGCAGGCCAUCAUUACCGCAACCUUCCAGCUUCUUGCACAAGUCAUGAAACUCUCCUAUUUCCCUCAGAUCAAAGUCAUCCAUACUUCUCGGAUCUUCCACGGGCAGCUUUUCAUUCCGAUCGCGAAUUGGCUGCUGAUGAUUGGAACCAUCUUGAUCGCAUCGAUCUAUAACAACACGACCUCCUUGGGUAAUGCGUAUGGCGUAUGCGUUAUGUUUGUGACAUUUUUCGACACCUGCAUGGUUUCUCUGGCUGCAAUGUUCGUAUGGCGGAUCAGCCCGUACAUUGUCUUUCUCCCGUGGCUCACCAUAGCCUGCCUGGACGGUACAUAUCUCUCUUCUGCGCUGACCAAGGUACCUGAUGGAGCCUGGUUCACGAUCGCGCUCGCUUCAAUCCUCGCCAUGCUGUUUCUUUUGUGGCGAUACGGCAAAGAACAGCAAUGGUUCGCCGAAGCUGAGGACCGCUUUCCCACAUCACAUUUCAUCGUAUCCAGUUCAGAUGGCCAAAUUUUCCUGUCCCAACGAUACGACAACCUUCCAAUCAGCAUCACCCCCGGUCUUGGGAUCUUCUUCGACAAAGCGGGCGAGACGACCCCGAUUGUGUUCAGCCAGUUUGUGCUUAAGCUCACCUCUUUACCUGAGAUGGUUGUGUUCUUCCAUCUCCGCCCCCUCGAGCAACCUUCAAUCGCCCUUGAGAAUCGAUUUACGGUUUCGCGUUUGGCCAUUCCAAACUGUUACCGGCUGGUUGUUCGAUACGGGUAUAAUGACGAGAUCAUCACACCCGACUUGGCGAGCGUGAUAGUCGACCAGGUCCGGAAAUAUCUAACGUUGAGCAGUGCCAGCGUGCCCUUAGAUCGUGAGGAUGAGGAAAUGGAUUCUGUGACCCCUGGAAACCCCACGACGGAAGGCAGUAGAGACGCCCGCGCUUUCCUCAGUUCUGAAAUCACCAAUCUGGAAGCGGCAUAUUCCCACAAAGUGCUCUAUAUUGUAGGAAAGGAAGAGAUGAAAAUCAAGCCCGACGCAGCACUCAUCCGAAAGGCCUUGCUACGCGUUUUUUUGUGGAUCCGGGAUAACACGAGGAACAAGAUGGCCAGCCUCCGGCUGCCAACAGACAAGCUGAUUGAAGUAGGAUUCCUCAAAGAGAUUUGA